ACCGAUCAGUACUGCUAAAUGAAAAGACCAUUUUUAGACCACCACCACCGAUUGAAAUCAAAACCAGUAAUUUUCAAGAGAGAGCGUGUGAUGGAAUCUCUCAACUUCAACAACAGAACACACAUCAGAUGGACGAAGAAAUCCCCUCUCAGAUCACCCUCCUAUCUCCUCCCAAUCUCUCUCCUCUUCCUCCUCAUCUCUCUCCUCCUCUUCCUCUCCUCCAAGCACAUUUCCAAUUCUCUCCUCUCCACCCUAAAAAAUUCCCCCCAACCCCAGUCCCCCCACCUCUGCACCUCACAGAAAACCCUAGCUGGAGAGAAAUUCCUCUGGUACGCACCCCACAGUGGGUUCAGCAACCAGUUGUCUGAGUUCAAGUACGCCAUUUUGAUGGUUACGAUACUCAAUCGAACCCUAAUUGUCCCUCCGGUUCUGGAUCACCACGCCGUUGUUCUCAGUAGUUGCCCUAAAUUUAGGGUUUUGAGUCCCAACCAGCUUCGUUUUUCUGUCUGGAACCACACGAUUAAGCUCAUUCAGAGUCGCAGGCAAGUAAUUUGAGAUCAUAUAUAUGUAUAUAUGUACACGUUCUUUAUAUAUAGAACUUUGUAUAGAUGUGAAUUGUUCAGUUUCUCAAGAUUGAUUGUGGGUCUAAUUAAGUCCUGUUAAUUUUUUGCAACUUUACAUCUAAAUUUUUUGACAAUUAGACAAAUAAGGAAAAUGGGUUGAAUUUGGAAACAUUUAUUAUGGGAGCAAUUAACAAUAUGGGUUUCUUGAAGAAGAAAAAGAAGUGUGACAAAGGCGUUUGCAAUUUUAGAUCUAAAUUUUUUGACGAAUUGAUGAAUGAGUAAAAUGGGUUGGAUUUGAAAACUAGUUGGUAUAUUUACUGAACCAGUUAACAGUAUAGGCAUACCUGGGAGGGGGAGGGG